CGGGCACGGGGCGCGGAGCGAGUCCCGCCCGCCCGGCCAUGGGCUGCACAUGCAGCACGACCGGCCGCUGCCAAGCCAGGAGCAAGAAACGACUAAGAGCUCAGCAGCCAAAGGGGCAGGUUUCCCAGGAGCUGACAGCCUUGAAGGCAGAGAAUCAUGUCAUCGCAGCUCCCUUGCACGAGGAUGUGGAGACGAAGAAGGCCCUGCUGCUGGAGGAGCAGAAGAGGGAGAUUGCGAGGCUCCUACAAGGACAUCAGGAGGAAACGGAGAGGCUGAAGGAAGCCCACCAGGCAGAGACCCAGAGACUGACCCAAGACAUUAAAAUCGAGGUGGAAAAGGAAAGAGAUUUAGAGCUUAGCAAGCAGCUCUCAGAGCAGUUCGACACACUGAACAGAGAGCGUGAAGAGAACCUCCGACAAGUCCAGAGGGCCCAUGACCAGGAGAUGGUGCUCUUAAGGGAAUCCUACCAAAGGUCCCAGUCUUCCUUACAGGAGACAAUUGACAGGUUAAAUUCCCAGCUGAAGUCCUUCCAGGAGAAAAUGAAACGGGUGGAGGAAUCGAUCUUGAGCAGAGACUAUAAGAAACUUAUUCAGGAUUAUGGGAGCCCCAGCCAGUUCUGGGAGCAAGAACUGGAGAGUCUGCAUUUUGUCAUAGAGAUGAAGAACGAACGCAUCCAUGACCUGGACAAGAAGCUGCUGAACUUGGAAACAGUGAUGGAGAGGAACCUACUUUUGGAGGAGAAAGUGAAAACUCUUCAGCAGGAGAAUGAGGAUCUGCAUGUUCAAACACAGAACCACUUGACAAUGACAAGGCAACUGUCUGACAAGCUCCUGGUGGUUCGGGAGGCCCUGGACAAGGAGUCCCAGCUGCGGGAGCAGGCGCACCGGGAGAAGGAAGAGCUGCUGUACAGGGUCCUGAACGGUGACUCCUCCCCCACCUUCCCCAUCCCCUCCAGCGAGGUGCCGCUCAUCGCCACGUAGCACUCCGGGAAGCGGCAACGGAGGCUGCUGGGAGGAGGAAGCAAGCGAGGGGCACCAGAGACUCUUCCACCCCUCGUCUUAGCCCUUCCUUUAUUGCAGAGGUCCAGAGCAGCUGUCAUGGAGACUCUGUCCGGUACUAGGGGAGCUCCUCAGACCUCCAACCUUGGGACGGCCUCCCUCUAAGGGGACCGUGCAGUAUUUCUCGGAACCUUUUCAGUGUGCUUGUACCCUCCUGUGUGUCCCCCUGUCUGACUCUGAACAUGGGGGAGCUUAUGAGACACCCCAGAACCUAGACACAUGCGGCAUGAGGUGUCCUGGCUGCUCCUGGCUUCACCUCUCAGUCAGUAGCGGUGGUUACAAGGGGAGCCAAAGGCCUCUCAGUGCAUUUGGGGUGGGGAAGAAGAGGCCUGUUUCCCGCACUGGUUUGCCCAGGUGAAUCUGAACCGGAGCCCUGCAUCUGAACAGCCUCCGCUUUUGAGGAAGUUUGGAUCAGGCUUCGGGGCUGAAGUUCGCCGCUCGGGUCCAUCUCUAACCAGAACCAAAGAGAAGGAUGCUCGUCUCAGAUGGAGCUGUUUAAAACAGCACUUAGCGGAGUCUCAGCCCCCGGCGGCUUUGUGGUGUACGCAGGCAGGCAGCGGGUCGGGUGACCCCUAGGCGUCUCUUUCUGGUAUUCUUCAAGAACAACCCCGCAAGGAAAGUUUGGGAGUCUCUGAGCUGGAACUGUGUGACCCAGGCUCAGGGCUGUCACUGGCAGAAGAUGGUGCCCUCUUCUGGCCAAGAAGCAACACGGCCUUCAGAAGAAGCAGCAAGCCUGCUGUUCUCAGCUGGAGAAACUGUUCUGAGGGCCCGUAGCAAGCACCCGAAGUGAUGCCCAAGGUGGCAAACGGGGAAUGUCGUCUGGGUCGUGUGAGGAUGGGGAAAGAGAACUCAGUGAGCGAGAGGUGGACAGAGCUUGUCUCUCCCUGGUGUGCUCACUGCCCAGGUUUUCUGGGAGCAGAUGGUUCCAGCUCCAUAGGGGCUGCCCCAGGUGCCUGUCGCCUUCUGCAGCUCCUCUUCGCAGUCCUCCAAGCUUCAGUCCAAAUCCCCCUUAGACUUUGCUGUCACUGCCUCCUGCUUCCUCCUGGCUCAGCACAAAAGUCCUAUUGCCCCAGGCUUCCUCCUGGGCCAGCACUUUCUUGUUCUGCACCUCCUCUCUCUGCCCUUAGCCUAAGAGAGGACAGCCCUGGGUCUACCUCUCUCCUGGGUCUCCUCCUUGGCCUGCCUUUCUGCUCUGCUCCUUCCCUUGUAAAGGCCCAGAUCCAGUUACAUCUAACACCCCUCCAGUUGUCACCCCGUGGCCUAACAGGGCUCAGGCUGGGUUAAACAAGCUGGAGGUUUAUACCUCAUCACAGGGCCAGAUCUCCUCUUGCCCUAGGGCUCCUUUACACCACUCUGACAGGGUAAAAAAAGGAAAGAAGGCAUAAAUGUAAUUUAUUCCCCCUUUAAGACCCCUUUCCACUUGCCAGUGUGGUGUCAAGGAGCCUUUUUGUAAGUAUGACUCUGGCCCCUUGAUGUCAUAUCGGAUUCGCUCUGUACAAAGAGCCCCUGAUGCCUCCUGGUCGUUUGCAAAGCAUUGUCCACUGUGCUGUAGACUCGCCCUGUUGUCAGUAGCUACCGGUGUGGUACUCUGCUCUUGUUCGAUGAUGAUCAGUCAGCUGCGUGCGUGUUCCCUCUGUGUGCUGCCCCAGCUCUGUGCAUAUCACUGACACAGCGAACCCCAAAGACCACAGACUCUAGUAAGGUACGAAGGAACCCAGGCCUGGUUUAUUGUCAAACGAAGCACAGUAAUAGUUUUCUGUAGACUCUACAAGACAUACUACCAAUUUGUGCCCCCUGGCAAUGGACUGGCUCAGUCAGUGGCGGGACUUUCCACUGCCCCCUAGGCUGGACAAAGAUGCACACUCCGGGACCUACUUUUAUACAGUUACAGGAUAGAUUACUCAUCCCUACUGACGUAUUGAGGUACAGCCCCUUGGCUCAUUAGGGGCUGUCUCCUCCUUUGAUCAUGUUGUUUCAAAGAAAUCUAUCCAUCAUGUUGUCCUUUUGACCCUGUCUUUAAGAUUCACCUGCCUGUUCCUUGUUUUGUCUGUGGAGUGUCCUUGUAUCGAGAUGUCCAGGUGCCAUCUUGGCACAAGUUCCUCUUAUUAGCACUUAUAUGUGAAUGCACCCGCUUCUAACAACCCUCCUCUCACCAACUUCUGUGAGCAGGGCCUGCCUCUGGCUCACAGCCCAGCUUUUGCUUAGCAAUGCCUAGAAGUACUUUGCUUCAGGCUUCAGACUGGGCCUUUGACACAAGAAUUUGUUUCAGGUCCUCAUCUUACUACAACCCCCUCGCGCUCUCGCAGCUACAGGACACCUCCUGGAAAAGAAUCUUUUUUUCCUUGCGAGCUCACCUGUUCCUGCUGUUUACUCCUCCCCACCGUCACUGUGGAAAAGAUUGUGAUCCUGGAAGAACACACGAUGGCUGUGAACAAGCAGCUGUGCACUCUGAAAACCCCAUUCUCACUUCACACCGGAGUCACGGCCACCGGGCAUCUUGUCCACUCGGGCCCAUACACCACCAAACUGUGAACAUUCUCAACCAGUGAGCCCCGAUGCCUGCAGCUCCCAUUGUCCUGUUUGUCAAGUGGGAAGAGUUUGUUCCCAGUUUGUUCUCACGCAACCUGACAGCUGGGCUGGGCAGACCCACCCCUGUCGGCCUGGCCGUGACUCACCUGGGAAAAUGGCUGUUUCUUUGGUGAGAGUUUGGCCCAAGUGGAAAUUUUGUCAUCAUUUCUGUGCUAGCAGGCAGGGCUCAGAGAGUCAUGAGAUUCCGUUCAGCCCUCUAAAUAACUUGGGCAGAUCAGGAAUUUGCUUCAGGUGAAAAUUGGCCAUUUUCCCAAAGAAGGGUCACCAUUUUCACAGUGAAAUGAGGCUUUUCUGUGUCUGGGAGUUGCCUGUUUCCAUGGGGGGGAUUCAAGAUCUUCCCCCUCCUUCCCUGUCCCUUCUCUCCCUCCUCAUCUUUCCAUUUUCUUGUUCUCUUCUGUGCCUCUUUCCUUUAUAAAUCUUGGGCCCCAAGAGAGAUUUUUAGACAUUGCACAAAAAGGUUCCAGAUCACUGACACCGCAACUAACAAGUAGUUCUUCUCGACCAUCUUUGAGAGCAAAUGGGGUGCCGGGGGGGAGAAGCUAUGUCUAGAAUGUGAACUGCUACAGGGUCAGUCCUCGCGGAGAGCCGAGUGUCUGCACAGUGCCUGUGUUGGCACAACGGGGGCUGAGGGGGAAACCAGUCUUCUGCUCUGCGUAGCUCAGUCUGUGAACGUGAUAGACAAGAUCCCCUGAAGAUGUCUCAGACCUUUGACAGUCUUUCUAGAAGCCUUGCAAGCCUGGGGGCCUGAGUGAAGGGAACUUAGUGGGGCUCUCGAGAACAACGGAUAAGUCAUUGCUCACUCAGUACUG